AUGGCCCCCGAGGUCAUUAGCGGGACGCGCUACUCGGCGGCCGCCGACGUCUACUCGUUUGGGGUCGUGUUGGCCGAGCUGAGUACCCACCAAGUCCCGUACUCGGAUGCAGUUCAUCCCGAGACGGGUCGCGCACUCACACAGCAGCCGAUUCUGUCGAGCGUGACAACGGGCGAGCUCCAGCCGACGUUUGAUGCGACGACGCCGGCGUAUGUCAAGGAGUGGGGCAACCGCUGCUUGGCAACAAACCCGGACGACCGACCGACAACGCUCGAGCUGACGCUGUUUGUACGGGAACUCGUCCAGUGUAGCUCGACUGUGAGCUUGUAA